GUGUGUAUGUGUAUGUGUGUGCGCGCUUGUGAUUAGAGAGCGCCGCCGCCGAUAGCAAUCGUUUAUUGUACAAUUUUUCCUCCGCCGUGUGCGCGUUUGAUAGAUAUUGUAAAUUUUCGGUCCCGUCCGUUCGGUGUGUGUACACGCUCAGCUCGCCGCGUUCUUCACUUCGGGUACCUGAUCGACUGUACUACGCUCGUCGACUGUCCGUCCGUAACGUGUUUUUUUUUAUAAUUUAUAAUUUUUUUUUUAUUUCCCAUCCGUUCUCGGCAGUACCUACCUACCUACCAGUCCCUUGUUGUUGUGCGGUGUAUCUCCGUAAAACGUGCCCGCUCGCGCUCGCGUGUGUGCGUAUGUAUGUGUGUGCGCGCGCGUUAAACGUUUCCGUUUUGUGACAUUCGUUGGUGUGCAUUCGCCUCGGCCGCCGUUUUUGCACACACUCGCACGCCAGCGGUCGGUUGUCCGUCCGUCCGCCCUCCCGCUCGACGCCGCGCACCAGAUAAUAAUAUUAACCGUGUAUACAUGACGUACUGUGUGUGCGCGCCCGUCUUACUGUACACCGUCCGUGCGUUUGUGUGAUACCGGACGCGCGCGCGACGACAUCGGCCGUCGUGCUUUUUUACCCUUAAAAAAAAAAUAUAAUAAUAACUCGGCUCCGUGCCGUGGUUUGCUUUUUAUUUACACGCGAAAUCGGAACGGUUUUAUUUCGACUACCGCCGCCCGGACCGGGUCGCCGAUUUUUCAGCGGUGUCUACACUUUGCCUACGUCCAACACAUCAGCUUAUGCCGUGCAGGUGGACGACAGCGUUUAAAGAUAUCAAUACAAUCGUCUAGUCUCACCAUGUUGGUAAUACAAGAUAGCAAAAGUGAUUGAAAUUGACGAAAAUUUGCCGCCUCGGCCUUAAUAUUAAACUAUUUUCAACAAAUUAUUAAUUUUAGUCUUACAACAUUUUUCAUUGAUCGUAUAAAAUAACAUACAACUUCUACCACUGCACUUAUAUCAGACAAUGUACAUUACAUCUGUCACAUCUAAUGAAUCGCAAAAUUAUUAUAAACAUCAAUUAAUUGACGGUAUUAAGCCACCUGGAUGCACUGCUACUGUAUUUGUAGUUGAUAUUAACUCAAAUCGACUGUCAGAACAUUGCCGUCCGAUUGCAGUUGCUCAUAUGAGCUUUUAUUGAUUUCAAUAUAAAUAUUUUAAUUUUAUGAUCACUAUGAUAUUCUUUCAACAAGAUUCAUCAUAGAAGCUUCUGUUUUUUUAAAAACAAGAAUUUCAUCUUCAAUUAUAAAAAUCUAUUUUCCUGAUUUUCAUUUUAUAUAACGAAAAGUCGUAAUCGUUUACAAGACUAGCGCUCUCUCUUGUGCUUUAUUAGAGCAUGUCAAACUCGGCGGCUACUGCUGCUAGUGCUACUGGUGGUGCUAGUGGUACGGGCGGAGGAACUGCUGCUGCUGCUGCAGCGUCCACUGGAACUCCUGGCGCUUUUGUCGAUCGCAUAGAUCCGUUUACCAAGAUAGCUGUAUUAAAACGCAAGACGAAGCGUUCCCAAGGUUCAUCAUCAUCCUCACGUUAUCGCACUUGUUCAGAUGUUGAGCUACAGCCUUUACCGUUGUUAAAAGAUGUAUCAGUACCGGAACAAGAAGAGCUGUUGAUUAGAAAACUUAGACAGUGUUCAAUACCGUUUGACUUUAUGGAUCCCAUGGCUGAGCUUAAAGGCAAGGAGAUAAAGCGUGAUACACUCAAUGAAAUGGUGGACUAUGUUUCGACUUCACGAGGCAUCCUGACCGAAAACAUGUAUCCAGAAAUCAUCAAAAUGAUCUCUUCAAAUCUAUUUAGAACACUGCCGCCCAGUGAAAACCCAGAUUUUGAUCCAGAAGAGGACGAUCCAACAUUGGAAGCAUCAUGGCCACACCUCACUCUUGUCUACGAAUUGUUUCUGCGCUUUUUAGAAUCGCCAGAUUUCCAACCAUCUAUAGGCAAAAAAGUGAUUGAUCAGAAAUUUGUGUUGCAGCUACUUGAACUAUUUGAUACCGAAGACCCACGUGAGAGAGACUUUCUCAAGACUGUGCUGCACCGUAUUUACGGAAAAUUUUUGGGACUGCGUGCAUUUAUUCGUAAACAAAUAAACAACAUAUUUUUAAGGUUCAUUUAUGAAACCGAACACUUCAAUGGCGUUGGAGAGCUCUUAGAAAUUCUAGGAAGCAUCAUCAAUGGAUUCGCGCUGCCUUUGAAGAACGAACACAAACAGUUCCUGGUCAAAGUGUUGAUACCAUUGCACAAAGUCAAAUGCUUGAGCUUGUAUCACGCACAACUUGCCUACUGCGUGGUACAGUUCAUCGAAAAAGACAGUUCACUAACAGAGUCUGUGAUCCGAGGUCUAUUAAAGUAUUGGCCGAAAACCUGUAGUCUUAAAGAGGUAAUGUUUCUCGGUGAAAUGGAAGAAAUUCUUGACGUCGUUGAACCAUUGCAAUUUCAAAAGAUUCAAGUGCCAUUGUUCAAGCAAAUAGCACGUUGUGUGUCAAGUUCCCACUUUCAGGUGGCCGAGAGAGCUCUAUACUUGUGGAACAAUGAGUACAUCAUGAGUUUGAUUGAAGAAAAUAAUCAAACAAUCAUGCCAAUAAUGUUCCCUGCGUUGUAUCGUAUCAGCAAAGAACACUGGAAUCAGACUAUUGUGGCACUCGUCUACAACGUACUGAAAACGUUUAUGGAAAUGAACAGUCAACUCUUCGAUGAGUUAACGGCCAGCUACAAAUCGGAGCGUCAAAAGGAGAAAAAGAAGGAAACUGAACGCGAUGAAAUGUGGAAAAGAUUGGACCAACUCAAAGCCAUCCAUCAAGAACGCAGCUGUAAAACCUCCACUACUACUCCCCCUGCGUCCAUAACGUUAGACAACAACAACAAAAAAAACAACAGUAGUAGUAACAAUAUAGAUACCGUACCGGCACACCAGUAGUAGUAGUAGUAGUAGCAGCGGCAGCAAUGACGUUCGUAAGUACAAAUAUAUAUAUAUACAUAUAUAUGUUUGUCGUUCGAUACUGGUACAUUCAUGUAUACCACUCGCUCUAAUCAUGUUUAUAUACGUAUAUGCGUAUAACGUAAUAUGUAAAAAAUAAUAACUAUAUAGUGCAAAAUUUUCUAGCAGGUAAAAACAAACAAAUUAGUGGUGGUUAAGUGUUAGUAGCAAUAGCUUUAGCAGUUGAUAGCGUGCAUGAUAAUAAUUAAAAAAAAAAAAAAUGCACAAGUGUAUAUAAUUUGUAACAACAAUAUAUUUUGGUUUUAGUGAGUUGCGGUCAAAAUCGCUGUAUUAAUCGAAAUGUGUCUGUAUUUUUAAAUAUUUUUAUUACAAUUAUUAGUCGUUGUCAGUUUAAUAUGAUAUUUACUAAUGAAUGUACCGAGUACACAUUUUAUUGAGUAUAAUAAUAUAAAUCCUAUACAUUUGGAUAGUACAAUGUGUAUUGGCAAGUUGCUGAAAAGAAACACACAAGUAAUGUUGGAAUUACAACAAAAUAAACAGUUUAAGAAAAGAAAAAUAAUAAGCACAACAUAAUAUAGUGCGCACAAACGAUAAAUGUAGAAUAAGUGUAUUUCUAUUUUAUUUAUUAAUAUAUUCUAAUCAUAAUAUUAUUUGUAAAUGUAAGAAAAAUCCGCUGACUGUUAAAAAAAAAAAAUAUUAAAUUACAUUACGAUAUAUCUAUAAUGAACAAAAUAAGUAAAAUGUUGAAACGAAACUAUGAGAUAGAAUAAACUACUUUUUUCUUUGUUUUAUAGUGUAUUGAUAAUUAAUUAUUAUAAUAAUUUAGUAGCAUGCUUUUGUGUAUUUGUGUGUGUGUAAAUAUAAUAAGUUAAAAUAAUGAA